AUAACCGAUGUAUACAAGUCUGGUCAAAUGCGCUAGAAUGUUAUAUACAAUGAACCUGAAUAGAGGCUAAGGGGUGCCUGAGACAAGUGGCAAGGCAGGAGGUAGUGGGACUGGUUGCAGCGGUAAGAGGAAGACAGGCAAACAAUCAGCCGGAUGUGUAUGGUGUGGCAUCUCUGAGCAUCUCGCUCACUUAUCUCAAUCUGUGCCUCAGUCAUGGCAGCGGAGGAGCAGUGGUCGCAAUGUUGUGAGUGGCUAAAGCGUGUGGGCCUCAUAGGGAGUGACCACUUGCUUGCCACCAACCAGGCUAGACUCUCAGACCUGUGCAGGUUCCUGAGAGAUGGUGUUAUGUUGUGCAAGUUGCUUCACCUGCUUGAUAAGAACAGCAUUGACCUCCGCAGCAUUAACCAGCGACCCCAGAAAGCCCAGUUCCUGUGUAUGAAAAACAUCAGUAUCUUCCUUCAGACGUGUGAGCAAAAGUUUGGCAUUCAUAAAGAUGACUUGUUUGAUCCUGAAAUGUUGUUUGAGUCCCUUGACUUUAAAAAGGUCCUUCAUACACUGUCCAAGCUCAGCAUCUGCCCAAGAGCUCAACGUCUGCAUAUUCAGGGCUUCUUUGAGGAGAGAUGUCAGAAUGGCAGCGACAACGAAAUCUACGAGACUCUCUCCAGGGACAUGGCAAAUGGCCCUGCAGGGGAUGGCCAUGGCCCUGGCAUAAAGGGUCAAGAGGCAGCUGAUGACCUGACAAUAUAUUCAGCCCUCAAUUUGGAAUACCGGAGACAGAAUGCAACAAUACCUCGGCCAGAGGCACCGGACCUCUGCAGGAAACGUGACCUCUGUCUGCAGGAACUUAUUGAGACGGAGCAUAAUUAUGUGGAGGCUCUCAACAUGCUCUGCAGAAAGUUCCUUGAACCACUCCGCAGAGUGCUCAAUGAGGAACAGAUCAAGAAGAUAUUUGGGAAAAUACCCGAGCUGUACAGAAUUCACCAAGUACUGCACAAAGGUUUGAAGGAGGCCCAGAACAACAACUCUGCAGGAAAGAGCAUUGCAGAUGUCUUCCUGGAAAACCAAGAGAGGCUCAUCAUAUAUGCAGAAUACUGUGCCAGCCUUGCAUCCGCUCAGCAGGAACUUGAAGACGUGAUGAACAACAACGAAGAAGCCAAGAAUCUUAUCCAGGAGUGCCAGAAUGAGGUCAAUGAAGGACGUCACCAGCUGAAAGGAUACUUAGUGGUGCCUCUCCAGCGAAUCUUGAAGUACCACUUAUUAUUGCAGGAGCUGGAUCGCCAUAGCCAACCAUUUCCUAGCAGUGACCUGGGGGACUUGAAGAGUGCUCAUGAGGCCAUGAAGGACCUGGCUGAGUAUAUAAAUGAGGCAAAGCGGGACAGAGAGAUGCUUCAAAUAAUACAGGACCUUCAGAAUAGUAUAUUGGACAUGCCAAGCGAAAUCAAUGAUUGGCAGAAUCUUGGCAAGCUGAGGCAUGAUGGUGAGACGAAGAUUGAGCGUCAUUCUGACCCAGUAAGGAAAAGAUAUGUGUUCAUCUUUGACAAGGUGAUGGUGAUAUGCAGCAAGCAAACAAAAGAUGAGAAAUACAUCUUCAAGGAUUCUGUGAAGCUGGAGAACUGUCACAUUGAUAACUCAGUGGCAGCGGUACAGGGAGGCAGCACCAAGGGACGGCAUAACAGCUUCUUCUUGGUGGUGGAUGUAAAUAAGACAGUGUACACUAUCCUCACCAAGGACAGUGACUCCAAGGAGAGGUGGAUGAAGCAUAUCAGUGAUGCCAUAGAAUACCUCAAUCCUGCCAAGAAUCGAGAAAUGGAACACAAAUUCUCCAUAACUACCUUCUCCAAACUCACCACCAGAUGUAUGAUAUGCAGCAAGCUGCUCAAGGGCACCAUCUUUCAGGGUUACAGCUGUUCACGGUGCAAGAUGGUGGUACACAGGAGUUGUCUUGAUGGAGUGCAGCGAUGCGAGGGUCGUGCCCGCCGUGAGUCUCCCAUUCCACCAUCCCAUCCACCCAUCAUACGGAGACCUAGUGAUCCAUACCCAGGUUAUGGUAAUCUCCAACUCAUGAACUUCCCCUGGUGGGUGGAGAGGAUGACAAGAGAGGAAGCCAAAAGGCAGCUGGAACUGUUGCCAGAUGAAACAUUCCUCAUCCGCUGGUCAGAACGCCACCAGAAACUUGUGCUGUCCCUCAAAGUUAAACAUGAUGAUGUGAAGCAUAUGAGAAUCUUAAAACAUGAAGAAGCCAACAGCUUUUACCUGAGUGAAGCCCGUUACUUCCGCACUGUGGAGGCACUUGUCAAUUACUACCGGCAAAACUCCCUCUCUGAGUGUUUCUCUGACCUCUUCUCCACACUAUCCCGUCCCUUGUAUGACACUGCAGUGGUGAAGUUCCCCUACCAAGGUCCAGGGGCAAAUUACUUAUCACUGGAGCUUGAUGAUAGAGUGAUAAUCACCAGCCAUGAUGGGGAGAGCACUGGCUGGUGGAAAGGCAGGAUAGGCAACAGGGUGGGCUAUUUUCCCAAGGAGUUUGUCCAGGUAGAGAACAACUUUAAUAUGUAAGUUAUGUAUGUGUCACUUUUAUUAGUAUGAACUGCUAUAUACUGACAAAGGGUGGGUGCUAGGAGAAUGGAUUUAAGCAUUACCUUCUCCACAGAGUAAUAGAUAGGAAAAAUUACUUUGUUCUGUGAUCAUCUCUCUUCUGUUUCCAUUCCUCUUAUUCUUUUAACCUUGGAAAUUGGAUUUCACCUGUACUAUUUUGCUGAAUACUUUUUAUUAUACCAGAAUUUAUUUAUUUGAUUGUUUCAUAUAAGUAUGGUGUUCUUCAUUACAGUCACUUCCUGAAUCAUUCCUAGUCUUUAGGAAGGUUUACACAACCUGUUACGGUCUUUCCUUCAUGUUCUACCCCUGUCUGUUAGCAGGGAGAGUCUUGGGGUAGUCAGUCAGUCAUCUUGCUUAGAGAUGCAGUACUCCAGAUAUUGACGUGCCAAAAGUGUUACACAAGGACUUGUGUUUCUUGUUAAUAGUGUAGUGAGAGCCUUUUGUAGGGUGUUCUAUAUCAAGAGUUAAGAACCAUAUAGGCCUUAUGUUCUAAUGAGUGGCCUCCAGUCACUGGCCACUGUCACAGUCAUAAGUGUUCUGUGUGAGUCAUUCAAGUAUAAUGUGCUGUGAGUCACUACUUCAGUCCUCAUUACAGGGAUGAUAUGUAAGCAUAGUGCGCUGUCUUAGUGUGUCAUCUCCACACCUACAUGAUUUUGUAUGUAGUGUGAAAAUUUAAUAAUUAGGCUCUCGGGCUGUGCGAAAUGUGUGCAUAUUGUAAAGUAGCUGGAUACAAUAAGGAAGUUUGGUUUUAUAUAGUGACUUGCAUGUCAGUAGAGGAAGAAGUUGUAGUUAGACACUUGCAAUGUUUAUGCUUUUGUCAAUAAGUAUCAUCAUUUCAGGAGAUUGGUGUAGAAUUAUAAAGAAGCAUCUACACUACAUCAGCUCAAACAGUGAAUAAGAAGUCAAAUAAGGUGUACAUACAAAUAUGUAUACAUAUACAAUGGUACCUCAGGUUGCAUACUCAAUAUAUUCCAGAAGACUACUUGUAACCUAAAACAUAUUUUCACAUAAAGGUAAUAAAAAUCUUUUAUUCCACAUAAAAAAAAAUGAAAGUCAGUUAACAGUGUUUUAUGUGGAAUAUAAAUAAUUUUUGUAAUGAAUAAAGGAAAUCAUAUAAAGAUAAAUCAUUGAAAUAUAUUAAACAUGAAAGAUGAAGCAAGCAGUCAUGUAGUUUUGUCAGCUCAACAACACAUUCUGUGCCACACUCAUGUUGCUUCAAGGAUCUUUUUAGCUUCAAUGGCUGUUCUGUUCCUCUUACUAGCACCUUCCUUAGCAGCCAGCUUCUUGGGUCACAUCAUGGCUUGCAUUAAUAAAGUGAUCUUCACACAAAAAUACUAGGAACACACUGAAGAGUACUUAUGAAUGAGGAUGUGAUUGUGCAGCUGUUUCCUCUGUGAGAACAGUGUGAGCUAUAGCAAACAUGGCUAGGCAUGUACGUAUAUGUGUGUAUCUGCCACUUUGUGAAAAACAAAGCAAUUGUUUACAACUCACUUGUAACUUGAGGCAUUCUUUUACAUAUCUUUACUUAUAAUCAGAUCCAGUUAUAACCCGAGGUACCUACCACUGUAUACACACACACACACACACACACACACACACACACACACACACACACACACACACAAAGGUUGAGUAUCCUUUAUCUUAGGUUGUAAAGAUCUAGACAUUUCCCAAAUGUAAAAGCUUUCAAGAUUAAACAUGACUAGGUAAGGGAUUCUCAACCUGUGUCAGAUUUUUCAUUAACCAUUAAGAGACAUUGUUACAGUGGCAGGUCACAAACAUUUCUAGAUUUCAUGACUGUACAACGAGUUCAUUAAGGCAAUGCUCAAACACUCAUGAAGGAAAAAGUGUCAGGUGUUGUCUGACUUGUUCAUCUUUGUGGGUGCAACAAAUGUGGGAAUUGCCGAAGAAUGUGGAAUAAUAAGCACAAAACUAGAAAUUAAUGAUAAUUGUAAUCUCAUUGAAGAAAUUAUGUAUAUUAUUCUUUGAUUUCAGUAAUGUCUGUUGUUAUUUUAUAAUCUUUAUGCUUCUUACAGUGCAUGUUUACAAAUAUUUUUGUAAUCUAUAGUGUAAUUUGCUUUGAUAUUUAUCCAUAGGCCAAAUUAGUAUAUAACUAACAUUUAUGUCAAAACCCUAAGUGGUAUUUAGCUUUUAAGUUCAGGCUCACUGAGGCAUUCCAGGAUGUUGGGUAUGCUAAGUGAGGGAGCACCAGCCAAGCUUGGCUCGGGACGGGUCACCGCAUGAGCAUUUACUAAACACAAAUCUGCAUCAACCUCUGCCGUUCAGCUGCAUUCAGCAGCAUGGUCAGUAUUAUAAGUAUUUGUAUCUUUCAUAGUCUUCUUCCUGAGUCAUAGAACAAUUAGAAUGCACACACACACACACACACACACACACACACACACACACACACACACACACACACACACACACACACACACACACACACUUUUAUUUAACAUUGGUGCUGUAAUCAGAACCAGAAAAUGCAAAUAUACUGUGUUUGUACAUAAGAUUAUUGGGAGAUGUGAAAUAGAAGAAAGAAUAUUUUGCUUCAGACAGACAGAAAGAGAGGCUACAAGAUUGUUUUUAUUUUAUAAACAGUGUUAUGUUCUGUAUAAAUGUAUGAAGUGUGAUGUGGAAUAGACCUUUUACAGUUACUGUGAAGGUCAGAAGUAUAGAUGACCUCAGGUUGAGUGUUAUUCUGAUUCUCAUGUAAUGCUGUGGAUUGGAAACUUAACAAGGGUUGAUUGCAUCCUAAAUAAUACCCCAAAACUGAAUAGUGCACUAAUUAACUAGUGUAUAAUUGUACUGAGCAGUGUCUCAAUCCUCCUCUUGAGACAAAACAAUGUUAGUUAGCAUCAUAAUGAAGUUUGCUCUCACAGUUAGUGUAACCACGUUGAUUAAGCUUACUUCUUGACACUCUCUCUAUGCAAGGGGCAAUGGUGACAAGUGCUGGCAAGUGUGUGUGUAGUGAUGCUGUGCUUCCACCUCAAUGGUGCUUGGAGCAGUGCUCCUUGCAGUGACUAUUGUGAUGGAUAACAAUAAGCUAAAAUAGUAAGUGACUCCAUCACUUGCUUUUUGUAUAUGCUAACAAUAAGCUAACCUGUGACAAGUGAUUCUCUCUUCACUCUGCUGUGUAUAGUUAAUGGUUUAAGAGGUAGUUUUCUCAACUGUAAGUAGUGUAUUUUUCUUUAAUGCUGUGAGAGGCAUCUAAAGAUACACAGACACUGCCACUCUACCCAAGCCAACCUUUUUUUUUUUUAUCCACACUUCAGUAAGGCUCUUGCUCCAUGUGCCCAGAUACUAGCUCAAAAGUAGCAUCACUAUGUUAGAAAGUGUGGUAAGAAAUAGCUCUGAAGUAAGUAGAUUUUGUAGUGAAGCUGUAUUUGGGAACCAAAUCUAAUGUAAUGGGAGGGGGGAGGGUUGCUACACUAGUGAAAACAUGGACAAUAAUGUUAGAUACAUUUGCUCACAUCUGUAAGAUUCCAAAAAUCACAUUCUGCUGGGUUUUGGUGCAUGUGUGUAAGGAACUAGCCUCUCCUUUUAAAGUAUCUAGAAUGAGAUGGUUUAACAGUGAUUUCAGUGGUGCUCAAUUAGAUAGUUGUAUAAUAAUUUUUUGCUGGCAAAAUUGUCUCUUGCCUCCACCUCAUUGGUAGAGCGUAUUGCUCACAUUAGUUGCUUGCUAAUUGAUUGAUUGUGAUUGUAAAGCAGACUGGUUCAACCAGUUCUGUUGUAGACCGAUAGACACAAUGCAUGGUUAUUUUCUUUACCUCAGCUUUAUCAUAAACUUCUUCAUUUCACAUUGAUGGAGAAGCUUAUUACACACUAAUGAUGUUCCUUUGAUUAGUGUCCACAUCUUAAGUGUGGAAAUAUUGGGUUCAUCAUUUUAGAAUAAUAUGUUUUAGGUGUUGAGGCCUGACAGUUGAGAAUGGGUCUUAGUCAUAGAGAAUGUGUCAGGGUGUAUUAGUGCAGGAAAUUUUUUUCUUGGCCAUGUUGGCAUCAUAUAAAAUGUUUUUAAUUUUUACUGUGAUGUGAUACAUAAUUUCCUUAAAGUAAUGAAUAGGAAAUAAAUUUGUUCUUGCAGUUCUCCAGGUUGUUGUGACAAAUGUUUUUCAGUGCAUUAUUCCACACACUAGCCACUAGCUAAAGAAAAAAAAAAUUGUCAAGUUUUUCACAGUGGAACCAAGCAAGUGCUUUAGUCUGCUUCACAAUGCCACUUCACAUGUGACAUGAGCUCUAAACUCUAUCGACCAGCUGGAAGUGAGACACUGAGCUCAUUUUGCCAGAUUAAAGGAAUUAAGAAGAAAUUACAGGAGCUUUUCAGAAGUGAAGUAAACUGGUGAGUUGAAGGGCAUUACUGCCAUUCUGGGCAGAUAUAUUAUUAUUAUUACUAUUAUUAUUAUUAUUAUUAUUAUAGUAUGAGAGAGAGAGAGAGAGAGAGAGAGAGAGUUGCAAGAGGUGUGAAAAGAUGACCUCUUGCUGCUGUCUUGUACCCUGUAGAUACUUUUCCAGGUUUCAGGGUUGCCAGUCUCCUUCAUCACACAGUUUAUGUACAAACACUGUGCACAAGAAAAUUCUAUUGCAUGCAUAUAUUCCAGUCCACUAUAUUGCAUUAAUAUUUUCACUCUGUAUACUUACUGUAGUCUGUAAAAGAUUAGCCUAAAAGAUAUUUAUUUAGUUUUAAUUACAGAUGAUCAUACUAUGAUUGUGUACAUACAUAUACAUAUAUAUAUUUAGGUAUUUGUUAUUCAGUACCAUUAAGUUACCAAUGCUUGUAAAAGUGUAAUAUUGAUGAUUAAAGUAAUCAAUUCA